UCUGUCUCCACGCAGCAACCGUCAGAACAAGGCUAUCUGAACCUGGUCUCCCCACUGUUUCCUCCUGACAACACCCUGGGGAGUCCAAAUAGCAGUGAUGAUGCAUGAGGGGCGGGCCCGCAAGGAGCCAAAGUGGAUUCAAAAGAUUUUCCUAUUAAUGGCCUUACUUCCCAUUGGACAAAGUGACACGGACCUGCUGUACACUUCCAUUAAUUCGUGUUACAUGGAGUGUCCACCUGGUUAUCAUAAAGAAGGAAACUGCAAUGAUCCCAUUUCAAAGAACAGAUGUAAAAAAUGUGAGAGUCCCACAUUCACAGCAGAAUCCAACAGUCUGGAUGAAUGCCUGAGGUGUGACACGUGUGGUUCUUAUGAAGUGGAGAUACAGCAGUGUACCUUUAACAGUAACGUGGUAUGUGACUGCAUGGAUGGAUACUACAAUGCAGGCUCCAGUGAAAGCCUCCAUUGCCUCGCAUGCCACUGUGAAAACUGUAAAGAUUCUCAGAACAUCUCUUCUGAAGAUAGGAAGUGUGAGGCCUGUUUUCGGGAACAGUGUUUGAAAGAUGCACAAUGCAAGAUGAAAUGUUUAACUACAAGUGCAACUACUACAUUCACAACAGAGACAAUGCGUCCCAAGUCUUAUAGACCAUCACAAAAUGAAGUUUCACCUAAUGCAGGAAGUUAUGUCCAGUGGAUGACCAUCAUGCUGGUUGUGGUGCUCUGUUGGCUUGUGGUGCUCUGCAUCUGCUUUGCCUGCUACCCGUGCUCUCCUCCCUCCUGCAGAAACAAAAACCCUGACAAAGAUAAUGCAUGCUCAAAUGAAACUCACAGUCAUCCAAACAGUGACUCGAACAUGUUGAAAAUUAACAUUUCUGAUGAAAACACCAUGAUGACAUCAGUUGCACCAGUACAUCUUGACCACAUGGCGACUUCACUGCCAGACAAAGUUUCCAGACAAGAGAAGCCAUGCGAGCACUGGCCGCCCAUCGUCCUCUACGCCAUCAUCAAGGAGGUUCCCCCACGUCGGUGGAAGGAGUUCUUGAGGCUGCUCUCGGUGGCAGACCAACAACUAGAGCGUGUGGAGCUGGAGGUGGGCUUGGGUCUCCUGGAAAGGCAGUACCAGAUCCUGCUGCUGUGGAGCCAGGACUCCUCCUCCAGCCUGGAACGUGUCUUCUCCGCCUUGCAUUAUAUGGAUUUGUCAGGCUCUGCUCAGAUGCUGCAGAAGAACCUGGAGAAGCUUCAGUGGAGAAACCAGCCAAAUGAUGCUUCCAGUACGUGCUGAAGUUUCAUUUCACUUUCCAUUUGGAGACUUACAUAUACACUCAAUGACAGGAGAGCGUUACAAAGAACAGAAAUUGCAAUAAUGCCUAGAAUGCAGUUCUCAAAUUUUAUUAUUUUUAUUGGUUGUCAGAGUAAAAGAUCAAGCUUUUUUAAAUUAAUAAUUAAGCAACAAACACGUUUCUUGGGAAUUGUAUUUUUAGUAGUGAAUUCUUGUAUUCUUGUUUUUUUUAUUAUUAGUUUUUCGUAUGUAGUGUAUAUGUAAAUAAUGAGCUGUGGCGCCCUCUACCAUGCGUUCUAGCAAAUCAUACAUGUUAUGCAGUAGUCUUCAAGGGUCUGUAAUCAUUACAGAAAUGGUGAAUGACUGAUGGCCAAUUAGUUCCCACUUGUGCCGCAGCAAAAAUGUGUUGCUUGCAGCUAUGUUUUUCAACCAAUCUUUCUCCAUUUCUUUUGCGCAAAUUGCUUAUACUUUACAGACAUGUGUUUGUCAGCCCGAGCAAAGGAAUGAACCGAAUUCGGUGGUGAUUCGGCUAAACACCUUAAAUUUACAAUGUGUUUUGUAGAUCGCAUUGAGCUGUGUGAGAAAUUUCAAGUCAAUCCGACUUAUGGGGUCAAACUUUGGAGUUUAAUAACAGCACCACCAUAUUGUGAAUUUGUCAGAAAAAUAAUAGUAUAGGCAACACAGUAGAGGUGUAUGUUUUUCUAAAGUGUCACCCCUUUCUGUAGGGGUACAACAGUGAUUUUUCCCAAAUAGUCAUGUAGAGUAGAUGACUACUGUGCGGAGAGGCAGCCGCGAAUAGCACGAGUAAUUGAGAUGUACUGAAAAACAUUUGUUUUUGUUUAAUGAAUUUUUGUUUCAUGAAGUUUGCUAUGUCAACAGCACUACUGUACAUCAAUUUGCUUGAGUAAGUGCUAUCAGUUUGCAUUGAAUUAGCUUGACACACCCGUACUCACACAACAUACAGUAUACCAACAGCGGGUCGUCAAACCAAAAGUCUCCCUCACGGUGCAACCAAAAUAACAAAAAGUAACACGUGGAACACACAGUGUAAGUGCACCACAGGUAUUGAAAUUAUACACACUAAUACACAUGCAAAACAAUACAAUUUAAUACUAACUGUUAAGCCACAAAGCAUGCUGGGUAACUUCCUGUUGGGGACCUGCCUGUAAAUAUUCUUGUUGGGGAAAUGUGUGCAUGAGCUUCCCAGCAUGCCGUGCAGGUUAAAAUAAUGUUUAAAUAGUCUUGUUUUCAUGUACUGUACAAUAUGUGUGUAAUCUGUUUCAGUACCCGCAUAGUUGGUGUAGUACAGUUACGUUCCACAUGUGUUGCGCUGUGAGUGACGUAGGCAUUUGGGUUGUAAGCUAAGAGUGUAAAUAUCAAGCUCGUCUACUGCAUAUAAAGAACACCUCAAGCAAGUUGAAGUUUGUCUCUGAUUACUUUCUGAGCAACUCAAACUUUACAAAUGUAGAGCAAGUGAGAUAGGUUUGCUUAUAAUAUAUCUGCCUUAUUACAGAGCUUAUAAGCCGAAAGUGGUGUUUUUUCAUAGAAAUCAAAAACAUUUUUGGAUCAAAAAUCUGCAAAUGUAUACGAAAAUACAACGUUCCACUAUAGACAUGAUGAUGCUAUGGCAAUACUGUAUAUGACAUACUGUAUUUUACCUAGAUUGAGUCCAGGUUUUGGUAUUGAGCUAAGAAAGUCUGAGAAAUCCUGGCCGAGAUAAUGAACAUACUGUAUCAACGAUUGAAAUCCAUUGUCAAAUUUUUUCUCCUUUAAGUAUCAAAGAUUUGUUUCAGUCUUUUAGUUUAAAGUGUGGGGGGAUAUGUCUGGGACAUAUAUCAUAUUUUAUCUGACAAAAGAGUAUGGCUUCUUUCCCAGCAGCUCCCUUGCAAACCAAAAACAACAAUACUGAAACCCCCACAUGAUGUCAGAUUUUCAGUUUGCAGCAGACAAGUAGGCAACAGGCAUGAUUCACCCCCCACCACAUAUAUUCUGUCUGGUUUCUUUUUGUGGUUCGUGCGUAUCUCAUUUAGAGAUUGUUGUGCGUCUGUACAGCUACUGACAGGAAAGAACUUGGACUUUCCACUAAACUGAGAAUAACAUUCAGCUUUAUUAUGAAUUGGUAGUUUAUGUUUUUCAUUUUUGCCAAGCUAAAACAAAGCGAUCAAAAUCUGAAUACUUUAUUGAUCCCAAGGGUAAAAUCAAUUAUUUUGAUUUUGAAUGCCAGUAUUUAAUUUUUAAAGCU